AUGAACACAAAAGGAAACGGCUUUCUCGAGGCGCUUAAGGAGAAAACCCUCGUUCGACGUGACAAAACCACCGCAAAGGGCGUCGAUUUGAUCAAGGAUAAAGAAUUCAUUGUGAUCUACGUGGGCGCUUCUUUUCUCGCCGGCUCGGCUCGGCGAAAUGUCGAGAACUUGAAGAAAUUCUACGAAAUAAUGAAAGAUGAGAAACUUGAGAUCAUCUACCUCUCACAGGACAACAACGAGAAGGAAUUCACAAAGCAUUUCCAUGAGAAUCACGGCAAUUGGCUGGCUGUGCCGCCUGGGACCGAGGAUAAUGAGGAAUUGAUGAAGACACUUGAGAACCCUACAAUACCACAUGUUAUUGUCUACAACAAGCUUGGAUUCAUGUGUCGUCGCACUACUGGCACCGCGGAUCUCGAGAAGAAAGGAAUUCUUGAUAAGUGGCGAGCAAAGAAUCAAAACGUGCAGUUUCGCCGAGGCAAGAGUGGUGAUCGUCAAGUGUCGAGUCAAGAAAGUCAAAGCAAGGAGAGCGACGCGGUCGCCAAGGACAAAAGCGGAAAGAAG